AUGUUUGCGCCGUCUUCGUUCAUUGUCAGCUUUGCCCUCUCCCUCCGCCACUGCUCCGACGUGGAUCUGGCUGCUGCCGACAAUUGUUCUUCAAGUGGUCCUCAAGGUAUUGACCCAAAAAUUACUCGACCACCUUCCCCAUCCUCGUGUAUUCCGCGCGUGAAGAGCCUCAAAUUUGGGAAAGCCGCCGCGCUGGAGUGUGCCGUGUGCUUGAGCGAGUUCGACCAACAAGAUACGCUCCGAUUACUUCCGAAAUGUAACCAUGUGUUUCAUCCUCAAUGCAUCGACGCCUGGUUGGCCUCCCACGUGACUUGCCCUGUUUGCCGUUCAAGGCUGAAGCCGGCGGAGGAGCACCGGCGAGGGGAAAACGACGUAGCGAUCGAAAUUCCGAAUGAGGUUAUACAUGCCCCACAGGUGUUGGAUGAAAGUUCUGGGAGUAGAAAGGAGCGUCAUUCAGGAGAUAGAAGAGUAUGGGGGGGCAAGGACACGGAGAGGUACAAUCUCAGAUUGUUGGAGGAUCUUAGGAAACAGAUUACUGUGAGUCACGGAGGAAUGCGACGGUCGGCGAGCUGCAAUGUGCUCCGCAGACGGCGGGGUGAAGAGAACAGACAGAAUAGUGAGUGUUGA